CACUCAGUCCUGCUCAGCCCAGCGACCAGCGACAUCAACCACAGCCAUGGCGAACGGAACCCUCCGAGUGCUGGUGCUCGCCGCGGUGGCCUGCGCGGUGAUGAGCUCGACCAACGGUCUGCCGCGGCCGGCCCCCGGCCCAGCGCCCGCCCCCCGCCCCGCCGGCCCCGCCCCCGCUGGACUCGCCCCCGGUGGUGCCCCCGGCGGCGCCGAGGCCGACGCGCAGGGCAGCGGUGACCUCAAGACGGCCGCCUCGCACUACGGCGGCUACGGCGGCUACGGCGGAUGGGGCGGCUACGGCUACGGCGGCUACGGGGGCUACGGCGGCUACGGCUGGGGCUACCCCCACCGCGUGUACGGUCUGUACGGAGGCUACCCCUUCGACGGCUACUACGGAUGGGGCCAUGGCGGCUACGGCUACCCCUUCUUCCACUGAGGCCCUCUCACCGACUUCCACCACGACCAUCGCUACCACCUCUACCGAGCUCUCUCCGACGACUCUGCUACCCACCAACGAAGACAUUUGCAAAUAAAGCCUCGUGUUUAAAACACA